UGAGAAAUACAGGGUGGACUGUGUAUAAAAGCACAGUUAAUCAAAAGCCUGUGUCAGAGGAUGCAGAGAAACAGGAGCAACAUGAAGUGUCGAAUCUCACUGUUGCUGCUCCUGAUCUUGGCUGUGGAGGUUUCAGCUGAUGACAACAGAUUCUUCAUAUCAGCUCCUGGUGUGUUUCAUGUGGGUGUUAAAGAGAAAGUGUUUGUACAGAUGGGAAAGUCUCAUCUCAACAAUGUUGUCACUUUAUAUUUGGAGCACGAGACUACCAGCGUUUUAUUGUCAGAAAGGAAAACCGUUACAUGUACCGCAGAAGAGAAGGGUGAAACAGUGGAGCUCAUGAUCCUCCCAGAUAUGUACAGGGAAAUAUUGUCAAGACAUCCUCUUCUACCAAAUCAAUUUUUUUACCUUUCUCUGAUAGCAGAGAGUCACUCCUUGGGCCAAAGAAAAAAAACAAAUGUUCUGGUAUCACAACACAGGGGCUACAUCUUCAUUCAGACUAAUCAGCCACUUUACAAGCCUACACAGACAGUUCAAUACAGGAUCUUCACUCUUGACCACAAAUUCAGGCCUCAUGUGGAUGUUUUCCAUAUAUCGAUAUAUAAUGCUGCUGGAAACAGAGUAAUGACGUCUUUAAGGACAGCAAAGAAUGGAAUAAUGAGAGGCACAUUCAUCAUUCCUGAUGUCACCAAAACAGGCACAUGGACAAUAAAAGCUUAUUAUGAAGGGGAUGAAGCAAACGCUGCUUCUCGACAGUUUGAAGUUCAGAAAUUCCUUUUGCCAAGUUUUGAGGUGAACAUCGCAAUGGAGCAGAAGUAUAUUUUAUUGAACACUGAACAGUUUGACUUCACCAUCUUGGCAAAGUAUUCACAUGGUGAAAAGGUUACAGGGGCUUACCACUGCAUGCUUGGAGUGACUUUUAACAAAAGAACGAUCCAUGGUCAGAAAACAAAGCCUGUCUAUGUUAAGGGACUGGAUUUAACUGGUUCGGUCACGGAUGGAGCUGCGGAACUUUCCUUACGCACAGAAGAUCUGAAUAUGCACCUCCAAAAUCAGCUGAACCAAUCCCUCUCUGACUUACAGGAUAGUGGCGCAAAAAUUUAUUUGGGAGUUUUUGUCACCAACAUACAAAGUGGUGAAAUCCAAGAGAGAGAUGUGUCUCUCCCUAUCAUCGCUCACAGAUACACCAUUGAUCUCUCUCGAACUCGCUCAUAUUUCAUUCCUGGAUUUCCACUAGACGUGGUGGUGUCGGUACGUCACCCAGAUGGUUCUCCAGCAGCUGGUGUGCCAGUGAGGAUUGAAUUACUGAGACAGUCUUGGCAAGGCACCACUGACCAGCAGGGGACAGUGUUUAAUGUCUUUAAUCUUGAAACUGCAACUGAAAUCACUGUUGAAGUGUCCGUAGAUGGCCAGCAAAAGAGGAAAGUAAUAACACGUGCUUCAUCUCCGAGGGACAGCUACCUUUACCUAAGUGUUUCCCAGAGGACAUACUCUGUUGGCGAGACACUAACUGUAACAUGCAACACUAGGAACGCACCAAAUAGUGGGUUUAUACACUACAUGAUAUUAAGCCGUGGAGCUAUCAUAGAUACGGGGCAUCUUCCGAUUGGGACUGUAGUGACAACCAACCUGCUGGUAAAGGCGGAUAUGAUGCCAUCCUUCCGUCUGAUUGGCUACUUCUACAACCAGCAGAAUGACAUUAUAACUGAUUCAGUGUGGGUAGAUGUCAAGGGAGCGUGUGAGCUUAAGGUCGAGGUAACACCACAAGGACCCAAUGAUCCUGGUAGACAGUCUGUCCUAGAUAUUAAUUUAUUUGGUCAACAAGCAACUGUGGCUUUGUUGGGUGUGGAUAAGGCCUUCUAUGGCCUUAAUGUCGAUAAUAAACUCACACCCAAACAGGUCUAUUCCUCUAUGCAGUCAUAUGACCUUGGUUGCUCAUAUGGUGGAGGAUCUAACCCAGCUUCGGUACUCAUAGAUGCUGGGUUGACUUUUUUUUCUCAGUCCACAGCAAAAUGGAGACAAAAUUUGCGUUGUAAUUCACAGCAAAGACUAAAACGAUCUGUGAACCUUCAGGAGGAAUUAACUACCUUAAAGUCUAACUUUUCAAGUGAAAAACUGCAAGACUGUUGUGUUCGCGGUUUUACUCUGCUUCCCAUGAGCCGGACAUGCCAGGAAAGAACCAGGAGAGUUUCUCAGGUGGACCCAGAUCCAGAAUGUGCUGAGGUCUUCUUAAAAUGCUGCCUUGAAGGAGAGCGUCUGAGACAAAUAAAGAUAAAUGAGGAUGCUCGGAAAGGAUUUGGCAGGACUUCAAGUGUGGUUGAAAUUGAAGAAUUCUUCCUGGACACCACUGAGCAAUACAUAAGACGAGUUUUCCCACCAAGUAUUGCGUUCACAGAAUUUGAAGUAAAUGGCCAAAAAAGGCAUUCCUUGACUCUGCCUGAUUCCAUCACCACAUGGGAGAUUCAGGUGGUCACUUUAUCUGCAACCACUGGCUUAUGUGUUGUUCAGCCAUCUGAGAUUAAAGCAUUUAAGAGGGCAUUUGUCUCUCUGAAGCUUCCUUACUCCGUAAAGAAAUAUGAGCAAAUUUCUAUUUCACCUGUUAUUUACAACUAUGGUGAUGACCCACUGCGGAUAGCAGUGCAUAUGGAACAAACACAGGGGCUGUGUUCCCCAGCAUCAGCCACCGCUCCAGCUUAUAUUGAAAUUACUGUGAAGAAUCAGUCCUCUCAGUUUGUUCCACUUUCUGCUGUCCCAAUGACAUCCGGCCCUGUACCUAUCAAGAUACGCCUCUAUGAUAUAGAAAAUGAGAGGGGAAUUGAUGCCAUUGAAAAAACCCUGAAUGUGUGGACAGAAGGAUAUGAGCAGAGAAAGGAAGAAAUAUACCCAUUCAAAUUAAAUGAGACAAACCCCAAGACUAUCAUUAUUGAUGGAAGUCUACCAAAUGACAUAGUUCCUGAAUCCAGAUCCAAUAUUUUUGUUUCACUUGAAGCAAACGGAUUUGCAAACUCAUAUGCAAGGAAACUUCUUUCUCCUGAGAAGGUGGCCACACUGAUUGUACUUCCUACAGGAUGUUUAGAGCAGACAACGAUAAGACUUAGCCCUACAGUUUUAGCUGUACGCUACCUGGACAUGACGAACCAAUGGUUCCACUUGCCUCCUAAUUCAAGAGAUAAUGCUCUUUAUAAUGUUGAACAAGGAGUUCUAAGGAUGUUAACAAGGUACAAAAAAUCAGAUGGAUCUUAUGGAUCAUUCUACACAGUGCCAUCUAGUACUUGGGUGACUGCUCUUGUAGUGAAAGUUCUAUCAAUGGUGGCAGAACGUCAGCGAAUGACUUUUGCACCCCAAGGCCGAAGGACUACGUUUAUAACUGAAGAUCAAAUCAGAGACACUGUCAGAUACUUGGUGUCAAUACAGAAUCCUGAUGGAACAUUUGGUGACAAAAAUCCAGUCCUGCACAGAGGAGUCUUGACAGGCACAGAUCAUGAUGCAGCCAUGACAGCUUUUGUGGCUCUUGCACUGAACCAGUCCCUCCCAUUCCUGCUAACAGAAGAGCGUGACACUACGGAGGCAACCCUUUUAUUCUCAACAUCAUAUCUCCAAACAAUGUUUGAGGAGCUUGUGCAUCCCUAUGCUGUUGCUAUUACAGCGUACUGCCUCUCUGUCUGCAAGAGGCAGCCAAACGCAGUAGAUCGCUCAUUCAUCUGGACAAAACUGCAAGCACUGGCUACUGAAACGGAGGAUGGAUGUUCUCUAUGGCCGACUAACACUGAACAGCGAGUGGAUGCCAUAACAAUAGAGACCACAGCUUACGCUCUCCUAACUGCAGUGGCACUUCAGAAAAAUGAGUGGGCAGACAAAACAGCCUGCUGGUUAACCACUCAAGAAAAUUAUCUUGGAGGCUACAGAUCAUCACAGGACACCAUUAUGACCCUGGAAGCCCUUGCUGAGUAUGCAUUAAUGCUGGCCACCAGUCCUGAUAUAAAUGUAGCAGCGGAUUUCACUGUCCAAGGAAAGAACAACAUUAUAAAGCUUGAACUUGAAAAUAAGUGGGAGAGGGUGGAAACAGACCUGAAGAGAUUCGUUGGGAACCAAAUUACGGCGCAGUUGACAGGAGAAGGAGAGUCUAAACUAAAAAUUGUAAAGGUCUACCAUAUGUUGGAGCCCAAAGACCACUGUGACCAAAUGUCUGUUAAAGUUACAGCGGAGGGGGAAGUAAAGUACACUGCUAAAGUCAUAGAAACUUAUGACUACUAUUAUGACGACGAUAACACAGAGGAAAGAGACACACGAGUGCCUCGAUCAGCCAUUGAAUGGUUUGAUGCUCGCACCCGCAACAAGAGAGGUGUAGACAACAACCUAAAUUCAGGAGAAACUCUCAACUACACAGUUUGUGUCAGCCUUACUACAAAUCUGACAGGAAUGGCAAUUGCUGACAUCACACUUCUGAGUGGAUUUGAGGCUGUAAUCGAGGACCUGGAAAGACUAAAACAACCACCUGAAAGGUACAUUUCCCAUUAUGAGGUGACCUAUGGAAGAGUGUUGCUCUACUUCGAUGAGCUCUUUGAUAGAGAAGAAUGUAUCAGUUUUGAUGCUAUACAGAAAGUUCCGAUUGGCCUCCUACAACCUGCUCCAGCUGUGUUUUAUGAUUAUUAUGAACCAGCCAGAAAGUGUACUGUUUUUUACUCUGCCCCACAAAGAAGCAGGAUGGUCUCCACACUGUGUUCAGAGGAUGUUUGCCAAUGUGCAGAAAGGCCGUGUCAUAAAUUACAAAACACAUUCAAACACACUACGGGACGAUCCAUCACAAAGGAGCAUCGAAGACAACAUGCUUGCUUCUUCCAUAAUGAUGAUUACGCAUACAUUGUCAAGGUUUUGGAAGUUUCUGUGAAGAGUAACUUUGAGCUGUACAAAACUAGCAUAGUAGAGGUGCUAAGGUCAAGUGAAGACAGACUUGUGAGUGAGAGUUCUGUUCGAGUGUUUGCUAAGAGGCUUCACUGUAAAGAACAGUUAGACGUGGGAGUUUAUUAUCUCAUUAUGGGCCAAGAUGGCACCACAACUGACUCAGAUGGAGCGAUGCAGUAUCUGUUGGAAGCAGACACCUGGGUCGAGAAAAAGCCUUUGGAAAAAGACUGCAGGAAAUCAGCGCACAGAGCUGCUUGCGUAGGGUUUGAUGAAUUUACACAGGAGUACAAGAUGGACGGCUGCAGAGACUGAAACAGACGGCCAAAAAAAUCUGUUUCGUGUCUCUUUUACUUUUCACUCAAUUAUAGAGACGUGAAGUAUGACUAUGCCAACAAAGUACACUAUUGGCACACCUAUUAGUAUAGCUGGAGCUGCUUUUUAGCUUAACGUGACAUAUAACCACUCAUUAACAGAAUAAUUAAAGUCAUUAUUAGCCUUGUUCAGACAGCAGGUGGAUUCAUUUAUAAUGUAUAACCUUCAAAUCCAUCACUAUCUAACUAACUGCACUUGAAUUAAAAGAAU